ACGGCUCCCAGCCAAGCCGUGCCGUACAUGUUGCAGGGCCACAGCAAAGGACAGGCGCGCUCCACUAGCUCCAGUCAGGUGACUUGGGAGCGUGUGUGGCUGUAGCCCAGCCCCGUAGGGCGCCUCGCAGCUGAGUACCUAGCUUGCCUUGCUGCGGCGACACCGCUGUGCUUACCAUUAUUUACUUCCGGCGAAGUCCGGGGGCCGCCAGCGCAAGCCGGAAAUAGGGUAAGGCCACCAAGCCGGUCAAGCCAGAAGUGGCUAAGAGGGUGUCGCCAUUGCAGUCAAGGGCCGGAAUGGGCCAGUAGGGCGCCGCCAUUGCAGGCAGAGGCCGGAAGUGGCCCACGGGGAGCCGCUGUUACAGGCUUGGGCGGAAGCAGAAGCAGGGCCCCGCCAUAACGGUUUGGCCCUUAAGGGAAUAGAGCCGCUUGUACGCUGUGCGACCGGAAGAAGCGAGGCGGCGAGGGUUAGGCGGGGCGCCGCCAGGACAACUUGACACCGGAAAGGGCGGGGCGCACCUCUCUCUUUCUCCCAGGCACCGCCUCAGCAUGCAGGCGGCCCUGGAGGUCACUGCCCGCUACUGCGGCCGGGAACUGGACCAGUAUGGCCAGUGUGUUGCGGCCAAGCCUGAGUCCUGGCAGCGGGACUGUCACCACUUCAAGAUGAGCAUCGCGCGGUGCACAUCUUCCCACCCCAUCAUCCGUCAGAUCCGCCAGGCCUGCGCCGAGCCCUUCGAGGCCUUCGAGGAGUGUCUGCGGCAGAACGAGGCGUCUGCGGGCAAGUGUGCAGAGCAAGUGCGCCGCUUCCUGCAGUGUGCCGAGCAGGUGCCGCCACAGCGCCCUCCUGCAGCCAUUCAGACACAGCCACUUCCUGCCUCCUGAGGACACUUUGGACCUUAGGAAAACGACAGGAGUGAUUGGCCACUUGGUGCCCCCAGCCCUGGAGAGUGGCCAGGUGUUGUCCUGAGGACCCUGGACGUCGGGACUCAAAACUAAAUAAAGACUCUGUACACUGGG